ACCAGCUAACAUGUUCUCUCAUUUUGAUAAGUUUGGUGCUGCAAAAUUUGGUCAAGAAGGUGCAAAUCCAUUAAAACUCGACGCUCAAGGACUCAGGAGGCUGCAAGUUGGAUAUUGCCAGCAGGUUCAAGAUUUAUCUGCGGGAAUCCCACAAGCUAAUGGGCUUCAAGGUUUUCAAUUCCUAUCCAAUACAGUCAUUCCCAAUAUGGACUUUGCCCUGAUGUCUGAUCAGCAGCAAUACUUUACUGAUGCACCAUCUCCUUAUUUUCAUGCACAACAGUUGAGCCAACCCCAGCCUCCGCUCCGCUGGAGAAAUAUUGAAGAGGAACAAUAUUACAGGAUGAAUCAACAAUUCCUAUAUCUUCAGCAGCUGCGUAAUCAACAAUUGGAAGCUCAGCAUCCUGUUCAUGUUGAUGCAAAUUUUCCGAAUAGGCUAAUGAAUAGGAGUAUGCGACAGCAAUACUUUGAGAUUCCAAUUCCUCGUCAAGUUGAACAAUCUACUGGACCAUUUUGGAGUGAUAAUGCAAUCACAAGGGGCUUGAACCAGUCAAAUCCUUCCUUUUCCUGUGCAGAUCAUGAGGCUGCACAUGUUUUGGCUAAAGUGGGAAAACAUAAUUUUCCUGACAAAGUUUUAAAAAGAUCACAUGGGAGGAACACACUUAAAGCUGUGAAAUUUGGUUCUGUUGGAGGAAAUGAAUCGCGCACUCAUGUCAACCAGAACAGAAAAGUUCUAUCAGAUAGUCACUGCAACCAUCGCUUCUCUUUGAAUGCUGAAUGCUUUUGUCUAGACAAUUUGAGUUCAUGGGGUUUGUCUGCUGACGCUGUCAAUCUUAAAAGUAAAAAUCUGAGGCCACAGCCCCAGAAGUACAGCUCUCUUGAUGAAUUAAAUGGUCGGAUAUAUUUCAUGGCCAAGGACCAACAUGGUUGCCGCUUCUUACAGCAAAUAUUUUUAGAGGGCACUCCUGAAGAUAUUGAGAAGAUUUUUCUUGAGGUCAUUGAUAACAUUGUUGACCUUAUGACAGACCCUUUUGGGAAUUACCUAGUUCAGAAGCUACUUGAAGUGUGUGAUGAGGGACAGAUAAUGCGGAUACUUCAUGCCAUAACUAGAAAAUCCGGUGACCUAGUUAAGAUUUCCUGUAAUAUGCAUGGGACCCGUGCUGUUCAGAAGGUUAUUGAAACUCUUAAGACCCCCGAGCAAUUUUCCAUGGUUGUUUCCUCGCUAAAGCCUGGCAUAGUGAGUCUAGUAAAAGAUAUGAAUGGAAACCACGUAGCACAACGCUGUUUACAGUAUUUAAUGCCUGAAUACAGCAAGUUCCUUUUUGAAGCUGCCACAGCUAAUUGUGUUGAACUUGCAACUGAUCGUCAUGGCUGCUGUGUGCUUCAAAAAUGUCUUACCUAUGCUGAGGGUGAGCAAAGACGCCGUCUGGUGUGUGAGAUCACAUCAAAUGCUCUAAUUCUUUCUCAAGAUCCUUUUGGGAACUAUGUUGUGCAAUUUGUCUUUGAGCUCGAGCUUCCAUGGGCAACGGUGGAUACUCUUGAUCAGUUGGAGGGUAAUUAUGGGGACUUGUCCAUGCAGAAAUAUAGCAGUAAUGUGGUUGAAAGAUGUCUAAAAUAUGCUGGUGAGGAACGAUGUGCUCGUAUUAUCAAGGAACUUAUGAGUAACUCCCGCUUGGAUCAAAUCAUGCAAGAUCCUUAUGGAAAUUAUGUCAUCCAAGCAGCAUUGAAUCAUUCUAAGGGAUCUGCUCAUGCUGCAUUGGUGGAUGCCAUAAGACCUCAUGUCCCCAUUCUCCGGACCAGCCCUUAUGGAAAGAAGGUGCUAUCUAGCAAUAGUUUGAAGAAGUAAACUUCAAGUAUGAUUGAACAAUUCUUUUUGGUGAUAGUGUGUGUACGUUCUUCCGAACAACUUCUGAUAUGAAUUUUCUUACGGCCUGGCGAAUUGUAGCAUUACUGUUGGAAAAUCUUGUAAAUUCUAUAAUAAGAGGGAAGGGUGGUGUUAAGAAAAGUAGUGUCAAGCUUUGUUGUUCUGCUGGUGCUUUUGGAUCCUUCCAUGCAUAGACCUUAAAGGAGAAGAUAGUUGGUGCUUUUUCAAGGAAAAGAAAACAUAUACCAUUCAGUUUUCAUUUUGGACUCGGGCAAAUUUUGCAUAAGACAGUAUUCACGUGUUUGUAGAUUCGUAGAUUAUUUUAUUUGAGUAGAGAAUAAUACAAUGUGAAGCCAUGGACCUCAUUAAUUAGUAAAGUGAAAUGGCUGGUAUUUAUAGGGGCUUUAGGGCACAGGAGUAUUUGUAAGUUUGAAUGAGCUUUAAAAGCUACUCUUGCUUAUAUGCCAAGCAUUUCUUUUUCUUGUGCAAA